AUGUCCGCCACCCUGCAGUCGCUCUUUGCGGCCAACCCUACCACCACUCGCGGCCAGAGCACCAAGCUCGGCGUCGAUCCAAAAGGCGAAAAGCUCAUCUACACCCAGAACCGCACCGUCAUCAUCCGCUCCCUCGUCGAUCCCGCACAGCCCGCCAUCGCCUACUCCCAGCACGCCCAGCCCGUCACCGUCGCUCGCAUCUCGCCCACCGGAUACUACUGCGCAUCCGCAGACCACAGCGGCACCGUCCGCAUAUGGGACCUCGCCGGCGACGAGCAGGUCCUCAAGAGCGAAUUCAAGGUCUUUGCCGGUCGCAUCAACGACCUCGCCUGGGACGGAGAGUCGAAGCGCAUCAUCGCCGUCGGAGACGGAAGGGAAAAGUUUGGCCACGCCUUCCUCUUCGACUCGGGCUCCAGCGUCGGCGAAAUCACCGGCCACUCGAGGCCCAUCAACGCCGUCGCCAUCCGCAAAGAACGCCCCUUCCGCGCAGUCACCGCCGGUGACGACAACAACCUCGUCUUCUACCACGGCGCGCCCUACAAGUACAACAAGACGAUCUCGACACACACCCGCUUCGUUCAGGACGUGGCAUACUCGCCCUCGGGCGACCACUUUGCCUCGGUCGGCUCCGAUGGCAAGGUCUUCCUCUACGACGGCAAGACUGGCGAUGUGCUCUCGGAGCUCUCGGCCAAGGUCUCUGCUGGCGAGGGCCACGCCGGCACGAUCUACGCCGUCGACUUUGCCGCAGAUUCCCGUCGCAUCGCCACUGCGGGAGCAGAUGGCUUCGUCAAGGUGUGGGACAUCCAGACCGAAAAGGUGGUCGAGUCGCACGACCUCAACGGCCGCGCAGCAGCGACGGGAGGGCAGAAGGCCGACGACCAGCAGGUCGGCGUCGUGUGGGCCGGCAGCGACAAGGUAGUCAGUCUCAGCCUGUCCGGCGAGAUCAACAUCGUCCAGUCGGGGCAAAUUUCGUCCCUCCAUGGCGCGUGCAAGAGCUUCGGCCCGGGCGCGCUCGCGACGGCUUCGAAUGGCAAAGCUCUGGUAGGCGGCGCCUACGAUGGCCGCGUCCUUACCUGGACGCUCGAUGGCGCGUGCAAGCCCAUCACGGGCGGCGGGCACUCGAACGCCGUGCUCGGCAUCAGCGCGGCGGGCGACAAGCUGGUCAGUGUCGGCAUGGACGACUCGGCGCGGAAGAUUGCUGGAGACAGCUUCGAGGGCGCGGCGACGCCUCUCUCUGGUCAGCCCAAGGGAGUCGCCGCUUCGAGCAAGGGAACGACGGUGGUGGCCGUGCUCGGAGGCAUCGACGUCCUCGCCGCGGGCUCGGGCAACAAGACGCACCUACCCGUUGCCUACACGCCCAGCGCCGUGGCUAUCUCGCACGACGACGUGCUCGUCGCGGUCGGUUCCGAGGAUGCCAAGGUCUACCUUUACACCCUCGAAAACGGAUCGCUCCACGAGCUUGGGAUGCUCCGCGGUAGUCGCAGCGCCGUGACGGCUCUCGCCUACGACCCUUCUGCCAGUCUGCUUGCCGUCGGAGAGAGCAGCGGCAAGAUCCUCGUCUACGACACGGCUUCCCGCGACGUCAAGCUGUCGCACUGGGUCUUCCACUCGGGCCGCAUCAACUCGAUCCGGUUCUCGCCGGACGGCACACACGCCGUCAGCGGCUCGCUGGACACGCACGUCUACGUCUGGAGCGUCAAGAAGCCCAUGAAGAACAUCGCCAUCAAGAACGCGCAUGCUGGCGGCGUCAGCGGCGUCGUGUGGAUUGACGAUGCAAGCAUCGCUAGCGCUGGUGCCGACGGCUGCGUGCGCACGUACGACAUCAAGAGGCAUGAGGGUGCUUGA